AGUGGGUGUGUGAGCGGGACGUGGGGGCAGAGGGGGGAGGAAGAUGGAACGUGCAGAAGUUGCUCAUAACCGGUGCAGCGCGCGGCGGGUCCAACCUCUCCACGGUCGGGAGCGCAGAGGGACAUGUUGCCCGGAUCGUAAGGCUUCACAGACGUCUGCAGCGGGUUACUGACAACGCUUCGGUCAUCGGCGGCGUCGUUUUUAUUCACGCGAAGCAUCGUCAGGCGCCGACGUCUCGAUGAAUUUCUCCGUGAAAGUAACAGACGUCCUCCUGCUGGUGCUCCUCGCAGCGCACGGCUGUUUCUCUUCCAAGGGAGAGGACAGAUUAUUUCGGAGGUUGUUCAGGAGGUACAACCAGUUCAUCCGACCAGUGGAGAAUGUGUCUGAUCCAGUCACAGUGGAGUUUGAGGUCUCCAUGUCCCAACUUGUCAAAGUGGAUGAGGUGAAUCAGAUAAUGGAAACUAAUCUGUGGCUGAGGCAUGUCUGGAACGACUACAAACUGAAAUGGGCCCCUGUUGAGUACGAUGGGAUUGAGUUUAUAAGGGUCCCUUCCAACAAAAUUUGGAGGCCGGACAUUGUUUUGUACAACAAUGCUGUAGGUGACUUCCUUGUGGAAGACAAGACCAAGGCCCUGCUGAGGUUCGAUGGCACCAUCACCUGGAUUCCUCCGGCUAUUUUCAAAUCCUCCUGCCCGAUGGAUAUCACCUACUUUCCCUUCGACUACCAGAACUGCUCCAUGAAGUUUGGCUCCUGGACGUAUGACAAGGCCAAGAUUGACCUGGUGCUGAUUGGCUCAAAGGUGAACCUGAAAGACUUCUGGGAAAGUGGAGAGUGGGAGAUCAUUGACGCACCGGGAUAUAAACAUGACAUUAAGUACAACUGCUGCGAAGAGAUCUACCCGGACAUCACCUACUCCUUCUACAUCCGCCGCCUGCCCCUCUUCUACACCAUCAACCUCAUCAUCCCCUGCCUCCUCAUCUCCUUCCUCACAGUCCUGGUCUUCUACCUGCCGUCUGACUGCGGCGAGAAGGUCACCCUGUGUAUCUCCGUGCUCCUCUCUCUCACCGUGUUCCUGCUGGUCAUAACUGAGACCAUCCCGUCGACGUCGCUCGUCAUCCCCCUGAUCGGCGAGUACCUCCUCUUCACCAUGAUUUUCGUCACCCUCAGCAUCGUCAUCACUGUCUUCGUGCUCAACGUGCACUACCGCACCCCCAUGACUCACACUAUGCCGGAGUGGGUGAGGUCUGUGUUCCUUGGGGUGCUGCCCAGGGUGAUGCUGAUGAGGCGGCCAAUCGACCAGGGCUGCUCCUCCCCUGGCGGUGUGACGGGAGUGGCCGGAAGGGGACGGAAGAGCGCGGGAAUCAGGAAGAGAAAGAACAGCAUAGGAGGAGGCAGUGGCACAGGAAGUGGCUCAGGAAGCGUAAGCAUUGGGGGUAUAACUGGGGGUGUAGCGUGCGCACCACUGGAGGCCGGGCCGGCAGGAGGAGGAGGAGGAGCUGCGGCUGCCUCAGCUGGGGGCUCCAUGAACUGUGUGGAGUAUGGUGAGAGGAACCGGGACAUGAACCGGAGGUGCCCCUACAGAGGCAAAGAGGUACCGACUCCUGUCCCACCCUCGAUGCUGCCACCUCCCCCUCCCCCCCCUCCUCCUCCUCCUCCUCCUCCUCCUCAUCCCUCCCAACAGGCCCCCCCAACCCAGGGACCUCAGGAGUCAGAGUUGCCCAAGGCGCCUCGGCCGUUGAAUGUCCCUUCGCCUGUCAACGCUGUGGUUGCCUUCUCCGUGGUGUCGCCAGAGAUCAAGCAAGCCAUAGAGAGCGUGAGGUACAUCGCAGAGAACAUGAGGACUCGCAACAAAGCCAAAGAGGUGGAAGACGACUGGAAGUAUGUGGCCAUGGUCAUCGACAGGAUCUUCCUGUGGGUUUUUGUGACAGUUUGUGUUUUGGGAACAGUGGGACUCUUCCUCCAGCCACUAAUCAGCUUCUGGAAAUGAGAAAGUUUUUUUUGUCCUGCUUCUUUCUCUCUCUUUUGGUCCACUUCUGUCUCUCUGAGUAGUCGACUUGAAUUACUUUGGGAAUUAAACCUCCUGCAGCUCUUUCAAUUCAAACAGAACAGUCUUGUCUCUCAUCUGUGUCUCAUGCUCUUCACUGGGACUCAAUCAUCAGCGUUCAGUCAUAGUUUUCAGCUGUCUUAUUUCCUUAAAUGAUUCAUCUCAUCUUGGCCUCGCCCUCUGAACGUGCGCGCCGUGCUGUUCUCCACUCUCUUCCGCUCCAUCACCAAGUCUUCCUUUCCUUUCUCCUCUCCUGUGCCACGUGUCGACCUGACGCUGCCUACAAAAGGUCUUUAACGCUGUCUCCUGUCACCCAUUGUGUUUAUUCUUUUUUUCUUUUAUGUCUUUUAUUAAAAACUACUAUUCAUUCAUUGGUAUUAUUCAGUCAUUCUACAAUGUGUCUAACACUUUCAGGUAAUUAUUGACGUAUUAUCAACAAUUUGAAGAACCUCUUAACAAUCAAAUGGCUGAGAAAGAAGAACGUGAAUAACUUUGAAUAAUAGUUUUGGAGUAGGAC